AUGGCUAUUUUGCAAAACAAGUACGUAUUGCAUCAUGUAUCAGGUCCAUUAAACACAACACAAUAUCCACGUGUAGUAAGUUGGUUAACUGCUAGAGUUCUUGUGAGUUGUGUUCCGGCGGGUUGGAGCCUUAAAUUGCUGGAGAACAGAACAGCAGAAUUGUAUGUGAAUUAUAAAGACAGCUUCAUAGUUAAGACUCGACUCGAUAUGUCAGCGAAUUUAAGACUAUCCUGGGCUGGCGACUUUGAUCGUUUGAAGGAGUUUGUAAAGAGUGACCUAGAGUUGCAGGGAAGCUGGUCAUCCCCGGCGAACGAAAAGAAACUUUUCGUGUCAGACAACGUUGAGCUGCUUUGGUGGAAAAACAAAAAGUUCCUAAAGAUCAAUGGAGAGGAUGCAAAUCGAAUCAAACGUUGUAUGAUCAACGCUAUGUUUACGAGUUUAAACCUCGAUAGUAUCAAGUCUGGUGUGGACAUGGCUACUAACACCGAGAACUCCUUAAACGAAAAUCAACCAACAAAACACCAGUGUACGGGUUGUGAAUGUUCGAAGCUAUCACCAGACUUGGAGGGUUUGAAAUUAGACUUGGUUGUUUUGGAAUCGAAACUCAACCAUAAAAUCCAAGCCGUGGAAAACCAAAUAUUACGCAUGAACGAUUGCCGACCAAAAGAGCCGAAAAAUUAUGCAAAUCUCGAAAAUAUGUUGACAACCUCUACACCCAUUAGCAGCGGCGGCACGAACAAAACAAAAGAGGUUAGUAAUUCAAAUCCUUACAUUAAUCCCGUUGUUGUUCGGACCGCUAACGAUGCAUGCUUCACACCAAUAAAAGUACCGGAUAACACAGAAACUUUUACUCACUCACAAGAGGAAUUAACCCUGACAAAGGUAGUUUUCCCUGUUAGGAACAAUAGUGAACAGUCGAAAAUAGGCGAGCUUUCCCAUACGGGAAGCCGUAUAAAUCCUAUUCAAAAAGAACAAAGCUGUCAUUAUAAUGUUCCUGGUAGGCAAUCUUGCUCUAGUUAUUUACAUGAUCGUGGUCAACAAUUUCGAAGCAUUCCAGUACGUAUCACUCACCGUCCACUGCCAGUGAACCCAGAGAAAGUAAAUAAACAUAGACGUGCGUACCGGAGUCAGGUUUUUCGACAUCGACAUCAGACGGACUGGCUCAGGCAUCUGGAGCUGGUCCGCAAAGUAAUUCGGUCAUAA